GCAGAGCGGAGCGGCGGCGGCAGCCCGGGCUCCGCGAGGGGACUGGGAGAGGGACCGGCGGCGGGGACGUGCCCCAGGGCGGCAGCGAAGCAUGGGUUGUGUGAGGUCAAAGGAAGCUGGAGGGCAAGAGAAGAUGAUAAAAACUGACCCUGACCCUGAUCCUGGCCCCACCAUCCAGCAGGGCCACUAUGUGAGGGACCCCACGGCCACCAACAAGAGGAACAACAAUGUCCCCAGCACGGCUGCGCCCCUGCCCGAGGAUGGCCUGGGGGACACCGUGGUGCUGGCACUCUACGACUAUGAGGCCAUCAACGCUGGGGACCUCAGCUUCCAGAAGGGCGAGCGGAUGAAGGUCCUGGAGAAGUCUGGGGAAUGGUGGCAAGCACGCUCGCUGGUGACAGGACGUGAAGGGUUCAUCCCCAGCAACUACGUUGCCCAAGACAACUCGCUGGAGACAGAGGAGUGGUUUUUCAAGGAUGUCAGCCGGAAGGAUGCGGAGCGGCAGCUCCUUGGCCCUGGGAACAUGAUUGGCUCCUUCAUGAUCAGGGACAGCGAGACAACGAAAGGCUCCUACUCGCUCUCGGUGCGGGACGGGGACGAGCUGCGGGGCGGGGCAGUGAAGCAUUACAAGAUCCGGACCCUGGACAGCGGCGGCUUCUACAUCUCCCCUCGGAACAACUUCAACACGCUGCAGGAGCUGGUCCAGCACUACAAGGGUCAGAGCGAUGGGCUGUGCCAGAAGCUCACCCACCCCUGCCGGGUACCCCAACCACAGAAGCCCUGGGAGAAAGAUGCCUGGGAGAUCCCUCGGGAGUCACUGAGCCUGGAGAGGAAGCUGGGAGCAGGGCAGUUCGGAGAAGUGUGGAUGGCCACCUACAACAAGCACACCAAAGUGGCAGUGAAGACCAUGAAGCCGGGCAGCAUGUCCGUGGAAGCCUUCCUGGAGGAGGCAAACCUGAUGAAGACUCUGCAGCACGACAAGCUGGUGAAGCUGCACGCGGUGGUCACCAGGGAGGAGCCCAUCUUCAUCAUCACCGAAUUCAUGGAGAAAGGGAGCUUGCUGGAUUUCCUGAAGAGCAAUGAGGGGAACAAGCUGCCGCUCCCGAAGCUGAUCGACUUCUCUGCCCAGAUUGCAGAAGGAAUGGCUUUUAUUGAGAAGAGGAACUACAUCCACAGAGACCUGAGAGCUGCCAACAUCCUGGUGUCAGCAGUGCUGGUGUGCAAGAUUGCAGACUUUGGGCUGGCCAGGGUCAUCGAGGACACCGAGUACACGGCCCGGGAAGGUGCCAAGUUUCCCAUUAAAUGGACUGCACCAGAAGCCAUCAACUACGGAUCUUUCACUAUAAAAUCGGAUGUCUGGUCCUUUGGGGUCCUCCUGACAGAGAUCAUUACCUAUGGACGCAUCCCCUACCCAGGGAUGUCCAGCGUGGAGGUGAUCAGGGCGCUGGAGCGUGGGUACCGGAUGCCCCGCACAGAUAACUGCCCCGAGGAGCUCUAUGACGUCAUGAUGAGGUGCUGGAAGAUCAAACCCGAGGAUCGCCCCACUUUUGAGUACAUACAGAGUGUUUUGGAGGAUUUCUUCACUGCAACAGAGAGCCAGUACCAGCAGGAGCCUUAG